AUGAUAGGAUUAAUUACAACAUUAUUUUUGAUAACAGUAAUAGCUGGUUCAAUUGCUGCAUAUAUAUCAAAAAAAAGUCUUGAUAGAAAUACCAAAUCAACAAAAUCAAUCAAAAAAAGUGCCAAAUUACUAUCAUUAUUAUCUUGUUUUGGUGGAGGAGUUUUUUUUGCUGUCUGUUUACUUGAUAUAUUUCCACAUAUAGAUGAAAAGUAUGAAAAUUUAAUUAAAAAAACAAAUUACAACAUAAAGUUUCCUAUAACAAAAAUAUUAAUUGCUUUUGGUUUCUUUCUUGUAUAUUUUAUUGAAGAAUUAACAAUUAAAGUAGUUGGUAUACAUAAUCAUUCACAUAUUACAAAUAAAAAUGAUACUAAAGAAAAUGAUGAAAAUGGUACUUUUAUUAAUAAUAUAUCAAUGGAUUUAAUUACAUCAAAUAUUACUACUAAAGGAUCAAUACGUAAUUUAUCAAUAUCAAGUGAAACAAUUAUUUUUAAAAAUAAUAAUUCUCUUGUAAAAACAAUUAUUUUUGCUGUUAUUAUGAGUUUACAUUCAAUUUUUGAAGGUAUUGCAUUAGGAGUUAAAGAUACUUCAAAUGUGUUGGAAUAUUGA